AUGUAUAUCUCGACAUACUAGGAGCAGAGAUACAUCAACAGGACCGAGUACUAGGAGUAAAACCCCAUCAAGAUGAAGGUAGCUCUUCUGUUUCUGGCGACCCUGGUCUACGUGUUCGCAGAGGAAGACCUCUCUGCUGCUUUGGAGAAUGAGAAGGUGCUGAUGCAGUACACCGACUGCUUGCUGGACAAAGGAGACUGCUCGGAGGGCAUGAAGAAGAUUAAGGAACUAAUCCCUAAAUUUGUUGAAAAUGGCUGUGGAACGUGCACGGACGAGCAGAAACAAUUGGGGAAAUCAGCGAUAGGUAUCAUCAGAUCCUCUUACCCCAAGAUCUUCGAAGAUCUCCAAAAGCAUUUCGACCCUGAGGGCAAACAUCUUGACGAACUCGAAAAGUUUCUGUCUUCGUAAUAAGCAAUAAUUGAUAAUGUAUGUUAUUUAUUGUCAGAUUCAAAUGCUAUUGGUACCUUUUGAAAUGCAGCAUAUUAACAACCAAUAGCAAGGCUUCUGUGAUAUCAUGAUAGUGAGUGAUCAAUUUAAAAAUAACGUAAGCGUAACUCCAAAGGUUCUAUCGGUAGCAUUUGAAUUAUAUUUGUAUUGUUCAAAAUAUAAUAUAAUUGGCUCUAA